UCUAGUUUGGGAGGGGACAAAAUAUUCCUGAACCUUGGGUUCAGUCUGUGCAGAACCUGUGAGACACGACAUCUGUUUAGAUCUCAGAAACGAACGGAUCACUUGUAUAAUCACCGCUGCAAAGGAGGAAAUGAUGAAGUGGAGUAUUGUUUUGGGGGUUUUCUUGCUAUGUUUUCUUGCUAAUAAUCUCAGCGGUGCCAGAUUCAUUCCUGAAGGGGUGCCCUAUGAACGGCCCCCGGCUGUGCCCUACUGGUCUUAUUCCACCUCAGAUUUCUGGAACUAUGUGGAAUACUUCCGCAACAUUGGGGCCUACGACCAGAUCAAUGAAAUGGCCAGAACGUUCUUCGCCCAUCAGCAUCUUGGAGACACGCUGGGUUAUGAAGUGGCAGAGCAACAUGAACACUAAGUGCAUGUUAUUAGUUCAUCACUGAUAGUUUAGUUUGUGUUAUUAGAAACUAAUGAUAAUUUACUAAAUAUAACUAAACACCAUUUAUAGCCCUAUAAUAAUGAGUUCUUUGCUGUAUCCUUAAAUGUAUUAGUACUAAUAAAAAAAAAGCAUGUAGGAAUUACAGUUAAUGUUUCAUUGUAGUGUGAUUAACAGCUUCAGAGUGCAUGAUUGUGAUGUAUUAUGCUGUUGCAAAUAUAAGAAAUAAAACAAUAAAGUGUCAUACUGAUGAACAG